AUUUCGGCUCGCUGUUUUUAAAGAGCGGAUAGCUUGACGGUAGCCAGACACUAGAAGAAAGAAUCUGGUUCAGAGCAGAUCAGCAGUGGCGCUCAUCAUCUGCUGGCUCCAGCCAAAACGUGACUCAGAGCCUUUUAUUUAUUUUGUCACGUUUAAGUCCCUUUCCUGAAGAUGUAAAUUACAACUGCGUGCUGAUAAUAUUUAUAACACUCAUCCUUUUUCAAUGGAGCCCGGAGAGUAAAUUUCGAGUUUUUUGUGGUAAUAAUGGGGGGGAGAAAUCUUAUACGUUAUUAUGAAAAUGUUAUGCCAGUUUGAUAUGAUGUUUUAAUUUUUUCCUUCUUCAUACCUGGAUACUACACAAUUACAGGCGAGAUCGCUUGGAGGAAUACAGAAGAGGGAAUUAAAGCUCUUUUACUUCACUUGAUAGCUACGGGAGGUUUAAAUAUUCUGACGCCAAUCCAGACAAGAGGAAAGAAAAAUACAGCAAAAAAUUCAUGUGGCGAUUCUCAUUUUAGCAAAUACACGUUGGAUUGCAUAAUGAGCAAAGAAAGACCGAAGAGGAAUAUUAUUCAAAAGAAAUACGAUGACAAUGAUGGGAUCCCAUGGUCAGAAGAGAGAGUGGUGCGCAAAGUACUAUACCUCUCCCUGAAAGAGUUCAAGAGCUCCCAGAGGAAGCAGCUAGGGGUAAACCUAGAUGAGGGACUCAAGAACACCAGCGGGUGUUUGGCUAAUGGCCAGCUGAGCAGAUCAGGGCCAAAAGGAGGUUUGCUGGCCGUGUCAAACGAAAAGGGUGGGUCCCGAACAUCGUCCCGUGGUACUGAUGGGAGCAAUGACUAUUAUGAAGAUGGCCCAGCGAGGAAGAGGCCACGGCUGCAAGCACAAAGGAAGUUCGCGCAAUCUCAGCCCAACUCCCCCAGCAUGACCCCAGUGAAGGUGGUGGAGGUGUCUCUGCCAACCCCUGCAAGCCAGAUAAGUGACCUCUCCACACGGAAGCCCAAGACCGAGGACUUCUUAACCUUCCUGUGUCUGAGAGGCUCUGAGGCGUUGCCCAAUAACAUGAUGUACUUCGGGAGCCCUCGAGAGGACGACGGCCUGGAGGAUGAGGAGGAACCUGAAGAUGUGAUCCCGGAGGCCGCUGCCACUCCCUCCACGUCCUGCCAGUCAACAGUCCGCAAGGGCAAACCAGCCACAAGGCACGCCGUCAGCGAGCACGUUGCCAAUGGCCACUGCAGAGCGGUGGAGGAGAGGGUUUCCACUCCCAGGCAGAGGGGCAAAGAUGCCAUGCUGGGGAAGGAGAAGGGCGUCAAGUUGGAAGGAUGUCAGGAGCAGAGCCUGGCCUACUCCGCUGCUAACCUGGCCGGGGGCUCGCUCAGGGGCACCACUGCUGCCACCAGCCUCCGCCAUACCACGCCCAGCAAGGAGCUCCGCAAGCAGGUUCCGAAGGCUAACGGGCUCCCAAGGGUCUGUCCCAUUAGCGCGCACGCACCCUGUGCCAAAAAGACCAGAGGCUUCCGACCUCCGCCGUCUAAAACUGUGAAGUACACAGCCAUCGUGACCAAGGGCCACGUCACCUACACCAAAGCAAAGCGAGAACUGGUCAAGGACGCCAAAGGCGGCCAGGGUAAAGCGGCAGCGGCACGCUCACCCCAUCCCAACAGCCAGGCUCACCCCCCCAGCAGCAAUGCCCACAAUCGCCCCCAGCAGUCCAACUCAGGAAAAGCCCAGAGUAGCAAUGCAAAAACACGCAAACAGGUGCUGUCACCCAAGAGGCCCCCGAGGGGGGGCAGCGGAGGCGGCACACGGUUCAGCGGGAAGUCCAAUGGGAAACCCAGUGCCAAGCAGGAUGAUCCGCCGGGCCGGGAAGGCCUGCGGCACUCUAGGAGGCAGCAGGAUGCAGGAGGGGGGGCUGGUCCAGCAGAGAAGUCGCUCCCAGGGAGUGGCAGAAAGACCCGACCCCCGGCCAGCUCCCCGGGGACACGCAGCAGAAGGGCCAUUCAGGAAGAAGGGGCGGAGCCUGACAGCAGCAUCGUAAAGGUGACAGCAACACCUGGCUCAGAGCACCAAAGGCCCAAGCGGGCUUCUGCUGGCAAGCUGAUGUUCAGCAUGCAAGCACAGCGCAAGGCGCAGGCCGCCCCCUCUGAAAACCGCUCCACUACCUCAGCCGGCGAGCCCGUCCCUGCCGCGGCCCCCCCGCCGCCGAAACCAGCAGAGCCUAAAGGGGACAAAGAGCGAGGCAGGAUGGGCCCGGUCACCAUGACAGAGGUGCCGGUCUUCAGGCCCAGCCCGCGCGAGUUCCAGGACCCACUGGUGUACGUGGACAUGGUGCGGGAGCGGGCAGAGCCUCACGGCAUCUGCAGAGUGAUCCCACCCCCAGACUGGCGGCCUGAGUGCAAGCUGAAUGAGGACAUGCGCUUCGUCACGCAGGUGCAGCAUGUACACAAACUGGGCCGGCGUUGGGGGCCCAACGUGCAGCAGCUGGCCUGCAUCAAGAAGCACCUCAAAUCUCAGGGCAUCACCAUGGAGGAGCCGCCCCUCAUCGGAGGCUGCGAGCUCGAUCUGGCCCGGUUCUUCCAGCUCAUCAACGAUAUGGGCGGCAUGCAGCAGGUGACGGACCUCAAGAAGUGGAGCAAGCUGGCGGACCUGCUGCGGGUGCCACGCUCGGCCCAGGACCGGCUGGCCAAACUGCAGGAGGCCUACUGCCAGUAUCUGCUCUCCUACGACUCCUUGUCUACCGAGGAGCGCCGGCGGCUGGAGCGGGAGGUGCUGACCGAGAAGGAGGGCCUGGAGCGACGGCGGGGACCGCUGGAGGGCCACUCGGAGGGCGGCCAGCAUGCUCUGCUGCUGCCGCGCUACGAGCCCAAGAAUGGCCUGGUAAACGGCGUGCUGCACAAGAAUGGCCUCCGCGGCAGGCCCGAGGAGCCGGGCAGCCCGGCGAAGAGGAGCCGCCGGAGGCUGUUUGCUCAGGAAAAGCACGACGGCAUUGGUGGCGACGGCAAUGACGACGAGAGAGACGUCCUCAGUGACCAGCACAAGUGCAUAUACAAGGGGAGGUCAGUAUCUUUAACCACUUUCUACAGGACAGCCAGGAACACCAUGAACAUGUGCUUUAAUAAGGAGCCUGGAGCAGUUGAAGUUGAGCAAGAAUACUGGCGGAUAGUGGAACAGAAGGAGUGCCACGUCGCAGUGCAUUAUGGGAAAGUGGACACAAAAACACAUGGAAGUGGCUUCCCCAUGGGAAAAUCAGAGCCAUUUUCAAAGCAUGGAUGGAACCUCACCGUACUUCCCAAUAAUUCCGGAUCCAUCCUGCGCCACCUUGGUGCUGUGCCUGGAGUUACCAUUCCCUGGCUAAACAUCGGCAUGGUUUUUUCUACCUCAUGCUGGUCUCGAGACCAUAACCACCUCCCGUACAUCGAUUACCUACACACUGGUGCCGACUGCAUUUGGUACUCCAUUCCUGCUGAGGAGAAAACCAAACUUGACAAAGUGGUACACACACUGCUGCAGGCCAACGGCACCCCGGGGCUGGAGAUGCUGGAGAAGAACAUCAUGAUCUCUCCGGAAGUCCUCAGCCGUGAGGGGAUCAAAGUGCACCGCACAGUCCAGCAGAGUGGACACUUCGUCAUCUGCUUCCCAGGAACGUUUGUGUCCAAGAUCUGCUGUGGAUACAGCGUCUCAGAGACGGUACACUUCGCUACCACCCAUUGGAUGAACCUGGGAUACGAGGUUGCUAAGCACCUGAAAUGUCGGCGUAUAGAGAAGCCUUUCUCCAUGGAGAAGCUGCUGUACCAUCUUGCCGCGUCCGAGUGCAAGCGGGAGAACAGGCACGUUCUGGGCGCGCUUGCCUCGCUUCUCAAAGAUCUCAGGGAUAUAGAGAUGAGACAACGGCAGGAAUUGUACAGUGCUGGGCUCUCCUCCUCGGCCCGCUACGGCACACACGACAAUAACCAUUUGUCUGCUGAUGGGAAGAAAAGGCCUCGCAAGUGGCUGGUACUGGAGACGUCAGAAAGGCGCUGCCAGGUCUGCCAGCAUCUCUGCUACCUCUCCAUGGUGGUGCAGGAAAACGAGAAUGUGGUAUUCUGCCUGGAAUGUGCACUGCGCUACGUGGAGAAGCAGAAGUCCUGUCGUGGCCUCAAGCUCAUGUACCGGUACGAUGAGGGCCAGAUGAACAACUUGGUGAACCAGGUGUGCGGGAAGGCGACGGUGAAGGGGAGCUGCAACGGACUGAGUCCCAGCAGACUGCCCGCGAGGCGCGGCCUCCAAAGACGGACCUCGGUGCAGGGGUCGCUCUCCCGUUUCCCUGCCCCCCACCUGUCCAAAGGGGCCCUGAGCUCCUUGUGAAGGAGGAGGAGCAGCAGCAAACUCUGUGGAUCUCACCAUCCCCCCUCCCUUUUCCGGUAGUACAGAGAACUUGCCUGAAUACGCAAGAUGUCUUUUGCACUAGCUUGAAAGAAAAAUAGAUUUGUUUUUUUUUUUUUUUUAGAGAAUUUUUUUCCUUUAUAGAAUUAAAUUAAAUGUACACAUAUAUAGCCAGCACGUGUUGUGGUGGCUUCCUGUUUCUUUGGUGCUGUGGUCCCCUCUGUUUAAAUUGCAGCUCAGAGUCGACCCGAUGUCUUUGUUUACCUUCCAAGCCCAUUCGCCCAUUCAUCAGCCCAUUCCACUGCAUGCACAUCCGUCCCCGGAACACGAGCAAGCAAAGCGGCAAAGGCUUGUAAAUCUUUAAAGCUACGCGUCAGUAGCCACAGGACAUAUGACAUUUAAUUAUCCUUUACCUGCAAGCAACUGUUUGGCGGAGAACAGGUUUGAAAGUAAAACUUGAAAGCUCAUUGACUCCUCUGUUUAUAAACGUUCAGUUUAUUCACGAUAUUUCGUCUAAGGUGCUUCGUUCGAUAUGCUGACGGAGAGCAGCUGGCUCGGACCGUUCAGACCCGAGGAUAAGGUGUGGAGACGGCAUCUGUCGUUUUUGAAAACCGUGCCUGAUUUACAUAGGAAACACAUGUUGUUUUAUGGUGCUGUUGGUUCUACGACACUAAGAAGUUCUCCAUUUCGGUAUUUUGUUUCUCACAGGAUAGAGAGCCCGAGGGCUGCCUUUGGUUUUACAUGUGCAAUCAUUGACAUUCCGAUCAUCUAGUGAUAUUGUCAUCAUCUUUAUCGCACACCUGUACACAGGACUAUUGUUAUUGUUGUCUAUUUUUAUUACUUUUUUAUUUUGGCUAAAUGGGGUUUUUCGGUUUAAUGGGAUUAUUACAAAUAGAGCCAAUCAUCUAAGGGCGUGAAAUGUGAAAAGGCAGAAUUCCACUGUAGGCCCCCACCCUCUUUAUUUUUUCAGUUUUCCAGAUGUAUUACAGAAGAAAUAUUGAAUACAAAGUUCUCUAAGAAGAAAGUGACAUUUGUACAUAUGGCUGUAAAUUUCUUUAUAUACUUGAGCCUUUCAUGGGAGGGAUUCUGAGGAAGGAUGAAGAAAAAGCCUUAUACUUUAAUUUCUUCAUCAGUCGAGUUCAGUGCUUACAGGGUUGCUCUUGUAACGUUUAUAAGUGCGGCUUACACCCCCCCCAAAAAAAAAGUUAUGGUGGCCCCAAUAGGAUUUUUCAUUUUACCUUUACUUUUUUUUUUUUUUUAAGGGAAGAUACGCUAACAAAAAAGGGUUUUACAUUUUCAUGACUGAAAAUUCAAUGUAGUAGCUGCUGAUGUUGCACUGAGGUUGUCAGUGGUGACUGUCAAGAACCUAUAAUACAGUCUGUUGAUUGUUGUCCACAGAAAACUCAGCUGUUUUACUGUAGGAGUAUUUAAUGAAAACGGGCGAGUGUUUAAACAACAAAAAAAAAGUGGUUGUCAAGUUUUUAUGGCCUUACAAUGUAUUUUAAAAUGGCUUUGUUUUCCUUUUUCUACAGUGUACCUAUUGCUUACGGUCAGAUGUUUUAAUUUAAUUAUUUUCAGCGUCUCCUUCAAUGUGGAAACAUGUUGGUAAUUGCUGGUUUCUUACUUUUCAAGUUUGUACAAAGGUUAAGGUUUAAUUAAAAACUUGUGGACAAAUCAC